GAUAAAUUGAUCAAUAUAUAUGAUAAAAUGGAGAUCCCGCGCUCCAUCCAGAAUCUAUUGAAGAACCCAGAAACUUACAAACCCAUUUUUGAGUACGUUAUAUCAACUUUUCAAGAUUUGUAACUUCUGAAGACAAUUAUUGGAAAAAAAAAUUAUAUAAGAAAAUAUCACUGUAGACAAUGGCUGUAUGGGCUGAGUCCUUUUGCCUUUCCCUAUAAAGGGAAUAACCGAACCAAAAAAAAAAAUCAUAAUACUCUGUGCUGUAGUAAGACCUCUGUCGCCGAUUGAUUGUUUGUUUUCAUCGAAAUAAUGUAAUUUGAUAACAUAAAAAUUUUAUCCCUGCAUAAUUUGGUAAAAAAUUAAAAAGAUCUGCCCAACUAAAUGCAUGUCCUAUUCGAAUUUUCUUGUUUAUAAUUUCAUACGUUAUUCGUUCUUAUAAAAAUGGCAACGAAGAAAAAAAACAUAUUCACAAGAAGCAAACCUUUGAUGAACAUUUAUAGCUCAAUAGAUCAUGAAGGAAAAGAGGUUGAAGUCAGAGAAGAUGCCGAGCAAUUAGUGAAAUGGCAUGAAAUAUCGGAUGCGCUGGUGGCUGCUGGUUAUUACCGUGCCCAACUCCAAGGUCUGUCACCUUUUGACAAGAUAGUGGGAGGAUUAACUUGGUGCAUCGAACUAUGCGAUAUAGAUGUGGAUGUUAGUCUUUUAUUUGAAGAAAACCUUACAAUAGGAAAAAAGAUAGCAUUAACUGAGAAAAUUGUUAAAGUUUUACCAACAAUGAAGUGUCCACAUGUAAUUGAACCUCAUCAAAUACAGGGUUUGGAUUUUAUUAAUAUAUUUCCAUUGAUUUUGUGGUUGAUAAAGUAUUCCAGUGAAUUCAGGGAAGCUAAGGAAGAUGAGCUACGGAAAUUUGCUGUAAUGCAGUAUGAAAAGAAUUACAUGUUUGAAUCUGAUAGAGCACUGUUUCUUCAGAAGGAAAAGUUGUUAAAAAAUCUAGCUAUUGUUCAGUGUUAUGUUAACAAGAUUGUUAAAAUAUAUCAUCAUCUGUAUAAGCCUUGUAGAGUGCGUAAACGUAAGGGUGGUUUGCCAGUUAAUGAGUUGGAACAAGUGAAUUCUACACUUUCGGAAUAUGAUCAACGGAUGUUAAUGCAUGUGUCUACAAAUAAAGACACAACCAAGAAUGAUGAAGGACUUGAUUUCUUAUAUGAUUACGAAAAAACUUUGGCCGAUCCAUCUGAAACUACAACAAAGACAGAUAAGUAUACUAAUAUACAAGAGAGUCAAGAUGCAGCGGAAACAAAAAUACACUAUGCAGUAUUACAAUCUGAACUCACUGGGGAAGUUUCUAAGGAACUCGAAAUGAAUGAAAGGAUAAAAUAUUCUGAGGAUAUUGAGAGGCUCACUGAAGCUAUAGACAGAAUGGAAAAAGAGGCAGAAGAUUGCAAGAAAGGUCAUGUUGAUAGAAUAGAGUUGGCAAAAAAUAACUACUCUAGUAUGGUGGAAAAAUUACGCAGAAUUACAAAUAAAUUAAUGAAAUCUGAUGACAAUAGUGAUAAAAAUGUUAAGAAAUUUUAUAAAUCUCUUAAAGAAUUGGCACAGGAGAGAAAUGAACUUCUUCAGAUUAUACAACACAGGGAGAAGGAACGUAAGAGAUUGGAAGAGGAACUAAGGCUAGCACGGGAUCCAAAUACUGUGGUAGAGGACAAACCGUUAACUCCUGAAGAGUUAAAAGAGUUCCAGGAAAGAGAGGAGAAAUUAAAAUCUUUUAUCACAAAUAUGAGGUUAGAGCUUGCAAAAUUAAAUCGGGAAGUUUUGAGAUAUUCUCUAAAUAUAGAUGAAGUACCAGGAACUGCAGAACUUUUACAAUAUGAGAAAAGAUUCAUGGAACUUUACAACCAAGUGGCUUCGAAGCACAGAGAAACAAAACAGUAUUAUAUAUUUUAUAAUACCUUGUAUGAAGUGAAGUUGUAUACAUCAAAAGAGUUAAGUUUGCUUAAUUCUAUAUUGGAUAAUUACGACGAAGCAAUGUCUUCAACUCGAAAAAGAGAAGAGUUUAUGACGCAGUUCGAGUCUAUCGUUGAUUGGGUGAAUCAGACUGUGAGGAAAGUGGAAGACAAAUAUAAAAGUGAAAAAGAUCGAAAAGCCGUUCUUCAUAACGAGUAUUCACGAUUACUUGAGAUUCAAAGGCAAUAUGCAGCUGCUCUAAAAAAACUAGCGGAAGAAAGGCAAAAGAUUAGCAGAAAUAGUUGAUCUCUUGAAAAAUUAACAGUAUCAGAAUAGUAAGGCACGGAAUGGUGCGUUUAUCUUAUAUCGAUAUGGUAUAUAUCACUGUCAAAAUAUCCUGGUGUUAUUGUUUCUGAUUAAAAUAAUUAGCCAAUUUUAAUUUAAAUUUGACUUUUGUUAGGGAAAACAAUUUAUUCUGUUUUUUAGUCAAAAGUACUUUAUUAAGGUGACAUCUUAUUAUCGCAGUAAUAAACGCUUUCACGCAAAAAUUACUGAACGGAUUUUGAAGAAACUACAGUAAUAUAGCUUAUUCGUCAGAAUAAGUCAUGGCCUAUAAAUAAAAAGAUAUGUAAAUUGGGCAAAAUAUAAUGAAAAAUUUUGAAUAGAAGUUGCGCGGAUCAGCUAGCAAUAUAUAAAAGUGACAGUAUGACUAGUAUAUCCAGGUUCGGAGUACCUCUUUAUGAUUUAUGGUGUAAUGUUGUUUUAUGGUGAAUAAUGUCAUUGUGAAUUAACACAUUGGCAGUAUUUGGUGGAAUUGGGCAAUUGGGAAGAUAUUGUUGAAUUUUUGUCAGUUUCUAACAUUCGCUCUUAUUUAAAAAAUAACAAUGAUAUAUCUGUGUAAUAUGAUUUAUUGUGUGCGUCUUAGAAAGAACGCAAUGGUUCGCGAUAUUGUGACGGCGUGUGGCCAUUUACUUUUUACAAAUUAUAACUGCUAACUUAAGCUGUUAAUGAAUAACUUUUUAACCAACAAUACCUAACCAUGCAGUGCCUAGGGCCUUUUCUAAUAUGUUAAUACAAAAUACCUCAUUGUCCGCAGUGUGAUUAGCACUCGGCAAACUGCCAUGAAACAUGAAUGUGCUGUCUUGGUUUUAUGAGAUAGCCACUACACUCUUUGAUAUAAGAGGUGUAAUUCCUUACCUUACAUCACUUUUUUAAAUACACAUCAGCAAAAUUAUUAAUUGUUCUAUCUUUUCUAAUUCAUAUGUCCAAAUCGGAGUUCGUCGAAUUCUACUUAUCAGAAUAAUGAUAUUAGAGACUAGAUUUUCCUACUUUUAUAUUCUUUUUAGAACAAAUAUAUUAUAAGUUAUCGAAUUGUUACAUAAUAUUAUGUUAUAUAUAAUAGUAAGACUGAAAUAGCUUUUAUAUUUUGUUUAUGCAACGUUGUAUUAUAAAAUAUAAUAUAUUUAACCACAAGUAACCUAUUCU